AUGUUAAAAGAGAAGCUAUUGAAGUUUAUGAAUUACUACUACUUUAUUAAAAAUUACUACAUCUAUCACAUCCUGUUUCUGUAUACAUUUUUUUUAAGGAUAACUUAUACCUACGCAGAAAUUACCAUAUCUCAUUUUUUUACCUUUCUAUUGAAUAAAUAUGAAAAUAAUGAGUCGCAAAAGGAGGAGGAGAAUUUUUUUUACUAUUUCACUCAUUUUUUCAAUUUUAAUAAUAAGAAUGAUGACAAAUUUUUAAACACGAAAUUGUUUGUUGUUGUGUACUUACCAAUUUGUUUAAAAUGCUUCUACACACUUUUCUUCGACUACAUCGCAUAUUAUGUAUACAUUCGCUACUACUUCAAUAGGAUAAAUAACAACUUUAGGAAAAUAUAUUAUUCCUCUGUGUCGUAUGAAAAUGGGGCUACUGAAAUUGGUGAAAAUUUUUUUUUAAAAAAGGACAAAGUUGGACUCGUGCACAGAAUAAGUAAAAGAAAAAAAAACUCAUAUGAUGUGUCUACGAAGAGAUUAUCUGACAUGUCUCUGUACGAAUGCAGGAAAUAUAUGUUACGAAAAAAAAAGGCCUUUUCCCUUUGGCAGAGGAAACGAAAUUUAAGGAUUAACAGAAAAAAACGCAAAAAGAGCAGUAUAAAAAGGGUUACCUGUAAAGAAGACACAAGGAAGAAACACCCACGCAUUAAAUUCAUUACCUGUAGAAAUAGCUUUAUACAAAAUAAGCUCCUAAAUAGUGACCAGCGGGAUGCUCAGGGUAAUAAGUGGUUCCAUAAUGUGUUUAAGAAUAGGAAGAAUAUUUUCUUCAGAAGGAAACAGAGAAAGAGAAAUGAUGCAGAAGCGGGGGUCCUUUCUUCUAGUAGUUCAACGCAGCAAGGAAUUGAGCGCAAAAAUAAUAAGUCUAUUUUUAACAAGCUCUAUAUGAGCAUGAAGAAGGGGUACAAUUAUGUGGAUAGUCUCCAACAAGGUAGGAAUAUUUCAGAUAGUACUACGCGCGUUAGUAGAGCGACCAGCAUCUACCGUAUUGGCCCAAGUGGAGAAGACAAACAUAUGAGGGACCAUGUGCACUACGACUCAAGCGUCGUGGAGGUAAACACUUUCUGCGCACCAAACAACUUGGUAGGAACAGCAAACGAGGAAGACGUUCAAUUGCUCAAAUUUAGGUUAGGUAAAAUGGGUGAUACUCAAAACGACACAACACCAAACCAUUUUCAGAAUAGUAAUGCAGAUUACAUGGCGCUGAACGAAUCAACCCCCAUUGGGAAUUACAAUGACAGCGGGAACUACGAAGAAAUUGGCUUUGAAAAUUUGAAGGAAAAUGUGGUGUGCAUGUCGAAGACGCAUCAUGGUUCCGGUGAUAUGGAGGAUGCUGCAAAGGACCAACAACGUGAGUAUGCGGAAAGCCCUCAAGUGAGGGGCGAGGAAAUGCUGAUGGCAACCUCGAAUGACGACACAAAGGGGUACAACCCAGAGGGAUAUCAUCCAAAUGGGGACGGAGGAGAUACUUCAAAUUGCGAACCGAAGAAGAUAAAGAAAUCCUACCGCACGUUGCGAGGUAGCCUAAAAAUGGACUACCUUUUUAAGGACAGCUACGAAUUAGGAGAAAAUAACAAGAUAGGAUCGGCAGAAAAUAACGAUUAUUAUUAUUAUAACAAAUUUAAAAACUUUAACUACGGAAAGAAGGACAAUUUGCACAGCGUGCGUGAACUCAUAAACAAUAAAAUAAACGCAGAAUAUUAUCACCUAAAAUUGAACAUACUCAUUUUGUCAUGUAUAAUUAUACAGAUCUUUAAUUCAUGCAUUUUGAUACUAAUUUCGAACAACUUUAUAAGGAAAAAGGAGAAUUUUUUUUUUUGUUGUUUUUUGUAUUCCCUACUAGAAAGUGUAACCGAUGUGAUUUCAGAGAAUAUAUUUUUCCUGUGUGGUAAAUUUACAAACAUAUACAAAAAAGAAUUCAGCAUUAACGCCAUCUACGUCAUUCAAGUUAUCAGCAAAAUGAUAUUAAGCCUCUCCACCAUGUUUAUUUAUUUCGUUUAUCACAUAUUUGUGAUACUUUAUGAGCAUGUGAAUAUUAUGAUUAUAAAUACUUUUAUUAAGAUGCUGUCUAUUUGUGUUCUUUCUUUUAUUUUCCUCAAAAACAAGGACAACUUUUUUAAUUACCACAAUGAUGGAACGUUUGCCAGCAUUAAUUGUGAGAAGAAGGCGGACGCCACAACUGGAAAGGGGGCUACCUGUGAGAAGAGCGACUCUGUUAAGAUAGACAUCAGGGGGGGGGAACUACGCAAACAGAACGGGGGAGAUGCGGUUAGGAAUGGCCCAUGCGGGGAAGCGCAAAGCAGUUUUGCUGUCAAAAAGGAUAUAUCAGAAGUGAGUAACAGUGACGAUUUACCCAGUCGUAGAAAUAAUUUUAACCAGGGCAUAUAUAGUAACUACCUCUACAAUGAUAAGUACUAUGGGAAUUAUUUUAACUUUCCCAAGAAUGAGUACUAUGGUGAAAGACUUCUCACGGACGAUAUUUCCUCAAAGGGGUCGUCGAAUGAAAAUGCAAAAUCCGUGAAUGCCUGUUCUGUAAAGCUAAAAUAUGUCACAGAAUUUUUAAACCUGUUUAAACUCUUAUCAAGAAUAAAAAGCUACAUUUUUAAGAAGGAUGAAAUUAAGUAUAGCCACAGUUACACACUGCUGAGUUUGGAGGAUGCGACAGGUGAUCAGAAGAAUGUGGACUCACUUUUUCGAAAAAAAAGUGAAUACAAAAUUAAGAUUCCCAUUCUAGGGAACCUUAAGAAAUUAUUUAAUAUUUCUGAUUACCCUUGUUGCUCUUCGGGUGUUGAAAACGCAGGGAUUACAAAAUAUGACUCCCUAAUUGAGCAGGAAAUGGAAUAUUUACAUAAAAAAAAAAAAAAAAAACUACUGAGCAGUGGGCAGUACAAGGGACACGUAUAUAACCUAGACAACAUGAACAGCUUAAGCAGCUUGAGAAGCAUAAACAUCGUAAAGCGCGCGAAAAAGAGGAACAUCAUCGUUAGUUAUCCUAUCAAGUUAUUACUGAACAAUUUGAACUUUUCCAACAUUUUUUACAUAUGCUUAUUGUUAAUUAUUCCAACCUUUGAAAGGAUAUUUCUAAAUUAUAAAAUUAAGAAUAUUAAACUAGAUUUACACGGCUACUGCUAUCUUAAUUUUGUGAACUAUGUGACGGAUCUGAUGGGACUUUACCUUUACAUUAGUUACUUUAAUGAAGAAUCCUACUCCUCCUCUAUAUUUCUGAGCUCCCUCAUAAACGUAUUGCUGAUGACUUUUCGUUUUUUGUCUUUGCACAACGGGUGUAGCCAUAUAUGUUUGCUGUUCCUGGAAACCAUACUUAAGUCACUUCACAAGACGUUCUUUUUUAUGCCUAUUUAUAUACUAGUCACGAAGGUGUACAUAAAGAACAUUCACAAUUUGAUGUGCUCCUUCUACUCUAGCAUUUUGGACGCCAGUUCCUUCGCCUCGUACUAUUUUGAAUAUGUUAUACUGAGCUAUUACAACAUUGACGAUUCAAAGAGUAUAUUCAUCUUUGUUUAUAUUAUCUUGCUGGUGCUGCAUUUGUCAUCGCUUGUCGUUAUUUCGAAGUUGAAGAAGACAUGA